AUGGCGAAUGCGGCCGAGGUUCCGACAGACGUGGGUCGGCAUUUGCGGGCGUGCCUUCGGUGCUCGCUGUUAAAAACAUACGACCAGUUCUAUGCGAGCGGGUGCGAGAAUUGUCCGUUUUUCGAGAUGGAUGGUGACGAGGAGAGAGUGAAGGACGCCACGACAGCCAAUUUCUCAGGCAUCAUUUCCUGCAUGGAUCCUGCUGGAAGCUGGGCAGCACGUUGGCUCAGAAUAAGUCGGGCUGCCCCAGGGUGCUAUGCCAUAUCGGUGACAGGCAACCUCACAGACGACCUUCAGUCUAUUUGCGAGAGCAACAAUGUGCGAUAUGUGCCAAGAUCAAAUUAUGCAGCACGACCUUAA